AUUCUCAAUCUGCUUCAUCAACCCUUCUGAAUUCAAAUUCAUUUCCAUUUUCUUGAAUGCACUAAUUCUUGAAGGAGAGGCCAAUCAUAAAAAAGGGCUGCAAAUAAUUUCUUGAUCGGCUAAGAAUGUUAUGCAGAAGAAGUUCAAUUCAGUGUAGCCAUGGAUCUGUACCAGUGUACCUUAAUGUCUAUGAUCUAACCUGCAUUAAUGGCUAUGCUUAUUGGCUUGGUCUUGGGGCCUAUCAUUCUGGGGUUCAAGUUCAUGGGGUAGAAUAUGCAUUUGGAGGCCAUGAGUAUUCAACAACAGGAAUUUUCGAAGGAGAACCAAAACAAUGUGAUGGAUUUACAUUCAGGAAGUCAAUUUUGAUGGGAUGGACAGAUGUGAGUCCUGGGGGAGUCAGGAGACUUAUGGAGGAACUUGCACAAAAAUACAGAGGAAAUACUUAUAAUCUCAUUACCAAGAAUUGCAACCAUUUCUCCAAUGAUGUUUGCAUUAAACUUACUGGAAAUCCCAUCCCGAGUUGGAUUAAUCGACUCGCUAGGUUAGGUUUGUUGUGCAACUGCAUAAUUCCAGAGAAUUUAAAUUCCACAAAAGUUUGCCUACACUAAACUGAAGACCAAAGAUGUGAAGAAGAGAAGAAGAAACUGAGGAGCAGCUCGAACAUAUUCCCUACCUCGUCUAACUCAUCGUCAUCUUCAUCGUGUUCUCCGCCGCUUGCCACAACCAGACGUAGUCGAAGCAUAAAUUCUCUGCCUCCAUCUUCGCCUUAGGUUCUUGAUUCCAUUCCACCCAAACAAGACACAGUGCUAGACAGUAAAUAUGAAAAUAUUUUGAAUUUUUUUUUUUUUUUUUUCAACUGUAAACUCCACUGACCGAACAAAUAAUUUACAUAUCUAA